AUGGCUUUGUUCAAUGUUGAAGGUUGGGAUUUGAAAUCCGAAAAGGUUGCUUUUGAUAAUAGUACCACUAAGAGUAGAAAGAAGGCUGCUAGUAAGAAAGAUGGUAACGACAAGGUAAAAAGGGGUGAAAAGCGUAAGAGGGAUGAUGAGGAAAGGAAAGUUGAGAAGCCGGUUGUUUCUGAAUCUGAUAAGCAUGAACCUGAACCAUUGUCAUCAUCGCCGAUUGUUAAAAGAGAGUUGACACCAUUACAGAAGAAGAUGAUGGCUAAGCUGAGUGGUUCUCGUUUCAGAUGGAUCAAUGAGCAAUUGUAUACCAUUAGUUCUGGGGAUGCUUUGAGACUAGUUAGAGAGCAACCGCAGUUGUUCGAUGAGUAUCACGACGGGUUUAGAUCACAAGUCGAAUCUUGGCCGGAGAACCCUGUUAAUGUAUUUGUGGACCAAAUUAGGUCAAGAUGUGACAGACCUGUCAAUGCUCCAGGUGGGUUACCAGGUUUAAAAAACAAGGAAAUUGUAAUUGCAGAUAUGGGUUGUGGUGAAGCUCAGUUAUCAUUAGAAGUUAAUAAUUUUUUCCAAAAAUAUAACAAGAAAGUCAAGAGAUUUCAACAGAAACAAUGCACUGUGCACAGUUUUGAUCUAAAGAAAGCCAAUAAUCGGAUAACUGUUGCUGAUAUAAAAAAUGUGCCUUUAGAAGAUGGAUCGUGUUCCAUCGUUGUGUUUUGCUUGGCGUUAAUGGGUACAAAUUUCCUAGAUUUUAUAAAAGAAGCUUACAGACUAUUGGCACCAAGGGGUGAGUUGUGGAUAGCUGAAAUAAAAUCAAGGUUCGCUGAUCAAAAAGGGGAUGAAUUUGUUAAUGCAUUGAAGUUAUAUGGAUUCUUCCAUAAAAAAACUGAUGACGAAAAUAAGAUGUUUACUAGAUUCGAGUUCUUUAAACCACCACAAGAUAUUAUAGAAGAACGUAAAGCAAAAUUAGAACGUAAACAGAAGUUCGUAGAAGUAGAAACAGAAAAGGAAGAACUAGAGCGUAAGAGACGUAAAACUGCAGAAGGUCAAUGGUUAUUAAAGCCUUGUAUUUACAAACGUAGAUAG